GCCAGAAUAAACCCCGUUUCCGUCGGAGACGCACAGCUCCAAGCCAUGGCGAAGCCCCCUCACGGCCUAUCGUCGUCCGUCUGGGCCGGGGCUUCGUCGCAGCGAGCCCAAUCUCAACCGCCGCCGCUACCCGCCGCCUCUGAGGAGCUGCCGUCGCCGUCAUCAUCAUCACCGCGAGCCAGAGCGCUCGCCCGCGUCCAGGCUCUGCGACGUUUCGAGCAGGUUUGCGUGAGGCUUCGAUGGAAGUCCAUCGAUCUCCAGAACGCCUACGACCGUACCAACGCGCCGCAGCCUUUCGGGUUCGCGGCGCAGGACGCCGAGAAUAACUUCAAGGUUGACUUCCACGAGUUCUAUGUCAAGAUCGAGCAGGCCGUCGUGUUGUUGCUCAGGCUGUUCGGCACAACCAUCGCCAAGGCUUCUUCAACGAUAGCCAGCAAGCCACAGUACGGCGCCACCCCCUCCGUGGCGGCCGCUCAUGCAUAUCAUCAUAACGUUCUCAAGGCACUCGACGACGACCGGCACCCGCUGCACGAGCCGCUCGGCAAGGGCUCCGUAAACCAGGCGCUCUGGAAAGCCAAGGAGCUGCGCAACAAGUGGAAGAGUGCGACCGAAGGCCGUGACUCGCCGUCACUACGGAUGUACGAUCUUAGCUGGAUCAUAAAUCAGGCCCUAGAGGGGUUGGAAGCUGCAUACGCCGUUGCUUCGGCCAGAGUCACCGAGGAUCUUAACCAGGACGACUUGGCCAUGACUGGCGACGAGCGGCAUGAGGCCGUCGUCGCUGACGACGAGUGGGAGUGGAUGGUGGAGCCCAUGGAUUGGGAAUCGUGAAGCUGCGAGAUUUUGGCGGCCGUUGAUGAUGGGAUACCCUUUGGAGUUUGGAUGUAUGCACCUUGAAGAACGCACACUGCUGUCGAAUCUGCGUCACAGCUUCAUGGCGACUCAC